AUGGUUCUCAUCAUUAAAUUACUUCUGCUCACUAGUCUGUGGCCUGGAGCUGUGCUCAACGGGUUUCAUUCUCAAAAACAUCAUCACCAUCAUCAUCAUGAUAAGGAAGAGAUUCACCCAGUGCCCAUGACGGACAGUCGGAAAAACCCCAGUAAAAUGAGGAAAAUCGAUAGCACCAAAGUACGUCAGUUGAAAUCUGAACAACUUUUGCGGAUAGAAGACCACGACUUUGCCAUGAGACCUGGAUUUGGAGGUUCAGCGAUUCCUGUUGGCAUUGAUGUGCAGGUAGAAAGUAUAGACAGCAUUUCAGAGGUUGACAUGGAUUUCACAAUGACUUUAUACCUCAGGCAUUACUGGAAAGAUGAGAGACUCUCAUUUCAAAGUACCAACAACAGAAGUAUGACAUUUGAUGGAAGACUCAUAAAAAAGAUCUGGGUUCCAGACGUGUUCUUUGUCCAUUCAAAAAGAUCAUUUAUACAUGAUACCACUAUGGAGAACAUCAUGCUGCGAGUGUACCCAGAUGGUAAUGUCUUAUUCAGUCUAAGGAUUACAGUUUCUGCAAUGUGCUUCAUGGAUUUCAGUAGAUUUCCUUUGGACACCCAGAACUGUUCAUUAGAACUGGAAAGUUAUGCAUACAAUGAGGAUGACCUGAUGCUGUACUGGAAACGAGGAAACGAGUCUCUUAAAACAGAUGAACACAUCUCACUGUCACAAUUCUUCAUCGAAGAGUUCAGUGCAUCUAGUGGACUUGCUUUAUACAGCAGCACAGGCUGGUACAAUCGACUUUUCAUCAACUUCAUCCUCAGACGGCACAUCUUUUUCUUCCUGCUCCAGUCUUACUUCCCGGCGAUGCUCAUGGUGAUGCUGUCAUGGGUCUCCUUUUGGAUUGAUAGGAGAGCUGUACCGGCCAGAGUAUCACUAGGGAUCACCACUGUGUUGACAAUGUCCACGAUAAUCACAGGAGUGAGUGCCUCAAUGCCCCAGGUGUCUUACAUUAAAGCUGUCGAUGUGUACUUGUGGAUCAGUUUCCUCUUCGUGUUCCUGUCUGUCAUUGAGUAUGCAGCUGUAAACUACCUGACCACCGUGGAAGAAAGAAAGCAGCUCAAAAGGAGAGGGAAGUCUUCAACCACACUAAACCUUGAGGCUGUGCAGGCGAUGGCCUUUGACGGCUGCUACCACGACAGCGAUGCUGACUUGAACUACUCCGUACACUCCGAGGAGAGCUCAUCCCGAGGACGCGCUGCCAGUGUCGCCACGCUGGAUGCCGCACGCAUCAAGAGGAAAAAAUCUGUGAAAGGGAAUAUGGGCAGGAUCAUCCUGGAGAAUAAUCACGCCAUUGACACGUAUUCCAGGAUUAUUUUCCCCACUGUCUAUAUUGUAUUUAACUUUUUCUACUGGGGUGUCUACUUAUGAA